CCACUGCCUUAGCUCGCCGCGGCACCCGUGAUCCGUCACGAUCGUCGCAAGACGUAUUCUAGCGACGACUCUGCGACAUCUGCAGCUUUGCUCCGCACGCCGCGAAUCAGUUCGCCUGUCGCUAGACGCGCCUCAAACUAAUUCCGGUUGCCUUUUAUAUGCACCUCGAAGUCAGCUCGCGUGUUCGCGUCGUCCAGCGAGCGACGGUCAGGGAACGGCCGAUAGCCUUAAGAGUUUCGUUGAAGCGGUGAAGGCGAAAGAAAGCUUGGUCCGCGAACAGGGAAUAAGCGUGGACCAAUGUUCAUCCAACACGUGGCAGCACUGUCGAAGCGCCGGAUCGUUCUCGCUUCGGCAUCCCCAAGGCGACGCGAAUUGCUAUCCGGUCUGGGCCUUACUGUUGACGUCAUCCCCAGCACCUUUAACGAGGACCUCAAUAAAGCAUCCUUCGCCAGUGCAGGAGAGUACGCAGCGGAGACAGCCACUCACAAGGCCAUAGAAGUCUCUUCCAAAGCCCUGAGCGCCUCCCAG